AUGAGCGAAUACGUUGAAAACCCAGCCUGGAUUAUUAUCGGUGUUAGUCUCACCCGUUACAUCCGCGACAACAACUACAACAUCGACAUCGAGUUCCGGAUGCAGCGAAGAACUGACUUCACCUUGUUUACAGUAGUAGCACCGCUUAUGAUGUUAGAGCUCCUUAAUAUCUGUGUAUUUCUUGUUCCGUCCAACUCCGGUGAGAAGGGCUCGUUUUCCAUCACGGUUUUCCUUGCCUAUUCCGUCUACAUUUCAAUGUUGAGCAACACAUUGCCACACAAUUCCGUUGAGGUUUCCUUAUUCAUUAUGUUUAUCAUCGUCUUGCUUUGUCUCAGUGUCGUAUCCGUCUUUUACACAAUCAUUCAAUCGAAACUUGAAAACGCCUUCGGUGAUAAGGAGUGUCCUCUUAACUGGUUCCGGCGCUCAGCCAGUCAGAACAAAGUAGUUUCUGUGGACACUGAAAACCCUGUGAUCACAGUCAUAUACACAUGGAGAAACUUCUUUCAACAGCUGGACACCUUUCUGUUCGGAUCUUUCCUCGUGACCAUCACCUUGGUAACCGGGAUCUUCUUUUCGAUUCUUCUUCGAAAUGUGACCUUUGAUGACCCUGACCUUAAUAUGGAACCGGAAGCUACUACCAGGUCAAUGCCUGUGCUCACCACUGCUGCUGCCUAA